GUUGCACUGUUUCAUUUAAUUAAAAAAAAAAAUAAAGGAGAAAGAGAAGUCUUCGUUCACGGUAGAAUCGAAAAACAGAGAGAAGAGAGUGAACUCCGACGAUUUUGGUUGUUGAACUCUGGCGAGAAGAACCCUGCGAUUUGAAUAGGGUGUAGCUCUUUGAGAAGUAGAAGAAGAGGACCCAGAAGAAGUAGACCGAGAAGAAGGAGACCGAGAAGAAUCUGAGCGAGAAGAAGAAGAAGAAGAGAUUAAGAAGGUUCGCGUGAAAGAAGAAAAACGGCGACUUCUCUUUCACUGGGUUAUCGAUUAGAUUAAGAAGGAUGGAUCCGGAAGAACAACAAAAUGUUUCUCCAAGGAGUAUGGAUUUACCGAGGAGGUUAUUUGCUCUUGACCAUUACCCUGUCGAAACCACGAUCAAUGCAUAUUCUAGACCAGAGUAUCCGGCUACAAUAACAAAAGUGCUGAAGGGAACAAAAGAAAUGAAAAACUUGUUAAAGUCUCCAUUUGGGGAGCUAUUUCGUAUCCCUGCGAACAAAGCUUCAUUUUCUGGGAAGAUUAUUCAUGGAUUAGUUUGCCAUCAGUUGGUGGCCAAAAAACGGCAUGAGAUGUUGAUUGUUUUUGGUGGUCAUCCAAUAAAAUUUGGAUUACAAGAAUUUGCUAUGUUGACAGGUCUGGAAUGUGGUAAAUAUCCAAAAAAGAGAGAUGUGAAAGCAGUGGUUCAAAAGGAAAAAGGAUGUAAGACUGUUUGGGAGACACUAUUCGGGAAAAAAAAGGAACCAACAAUCUCCGAGUUGGUUCAGAAGUUGGAGACCGAAGAGAUGGAAAUAUGGAAGAAAGUUGCUUUAUCGCUGAUAAUAAUAGUCGACGGUGUUCUCACUUGCUUUACUCAGCCCGUCAAAACUUCUUCCAAAACAGUGGAGAUGACCAAGAAUAUUGAUUUUUUCAUCAAAUACCCAUGGGUAAGGAUGUCAUUUGAACGUACGUUCCUGUAGAUGUUGACAAUAUAGUGAAAAGUUGCAAGCGACGGUCAUUAGCUGUUCAUGGAAUUCCUCUUGCACUCCAACUGCUGGCAUUUCAGACUGUCCCAUCACUUGCAAAAUUAAUACCGGCUGAUGAAGACGAUCAUACGUUUACUCAAAGAUCGAUCCAUAAUCUGGCUAAACUGCAAGCAAGCAUCUUCGCAUGUAAGGCCGCUAAAGAGGUGGUUAUUAGCCGGCUGGUUGAUACAAAGGAGCACUGUUCUCGUGCAACCUUCUCGUGGCGUGAUGAGGAGGAAGACCAUCAAGUUGAGAACAUUGAAAAUCUCCUUAAUGCUGGCCACAAAUGGGAUGAGGCAAAAUGGGUGGGAGGUGAUGAUGAGUGCCCAAAGCAAAUACGACCUGAAGAGACAGUUACAGGUGGAUGUCAAAAGAGGAAACGAGGGGAAACAACAACAAUGUCAAAUAAGAAACCAAAGACAACAAUGGCAGAUAAUGUGGCAGUGGGUGAUACGCCCAAUGUUGAUGAAGCUUUUGAUGAUGAGCGAUUUGAAAGGUAUGCGGUUGAACUCAGUCGGUUCUUCAGGAAGCAAGAAGCACUGCUUGUGGAAAUGAAUGAAAACAUGAAGAGCUUCGUCCGUACAGAGAUAAGAGCUGCACUUUUGGAGGUUAGAGGAAACGACUAUAGGGAACCUUCUGCUGGUUCUAAGAUGGGUUUAGAGAAGAAGUCAAAGCCAAAGUCAAACAUAAAAGUUUCAGAAUAUGAGUUCAUUACUAGUUAAGAAAAAAAGAAGAGUCAAGGUUCCUACCAUUGGAGUUGUUGACACUGCUAAGGAUGUUGGAAAUAUUCAUGGUUCGAAGGAUGAUUUACAUGGGGAGCAGUCUGUGAGUGGUGAUGACGUCAUUGGAUCCCAACUAAUGGAUGACAUCAAUUUUGAUACAACCCAUAGUCAUGUUGAUGGGUGCGAAGUCGAGAAUGACGAUUGUGACAUGGACCAACCAUGUCCGCAUGAUGCAGCUAAUAAUUUUGGAGAUCGGUUUUUCCGAGAUGAUCUCGGGGGUGAAGAUGUGAUGGUGAUUUUGCUGCAACUGAAUGCAUCACAAAAAUAUGUGGAGGCUGAUGAGCGGUGUAACGAAAUGGGUGGUGAUGAAGAAAACGUAAGAGCAUCUCCAUCUGUGGAUGUGGAAGCACUGCAGCAGGAAGGAGAAAUAGCGGACAGUUGUAACACUACCGAAAGACCGGUAGAUGAAACCACAAUGGACGUUCAACUCCAAGGCGAAGGGGACGCAAUACUUAAGGAAGCCGAAUCAGUCGAGGGUUAUAACAAAACCGAAGGACCUGUAGAAAAUGAAACUACAAUUGAAGGUCAACUCCAAGGCGAAGGGGACGCAAUACUUAAGGAAGCCGAACCAGUCGAGGAUUGUAACAAACCCCAAGGACCUGUAGAAAAUGAAACUACAGGUCCACCAGAUAACAGUUCAGGGAUGGACGUGAUUCCCAGUGCGCCAGAUAAAUUGGUUACUCGGUCAGUUAUUAUUGUCGAUGAAUCAGCCCAGGAAGAAACGAUGCUGAUCACGCUACCUGAGAAGCAACUCUCACUUCCCAUUAUGGUAAAAGCUGGAUCUGUUUCAUACGACCCGAUGGAAGAUGUUGAUAAUGGUAAAUUCGCCAUAUUCACCGAGUUGAUAAAAGGAGAUGAUGUGAUACACAACCUCUUCGGAUUGUGCAAGGCAAAUAACCUCUUCUUCUCCAAUCUUAUAUUGCCUCAACAGUGGGUCAACAGUCUGGUAAUUAUGUUAUUUUACGUACACGAAAUUUGGUACACUAAAACAAUACGUACAUUGUUUGCUACUUGAUUGAACAUAAUGUACGUACAUUAAGUUUUCUUUAACUACAUCUGCAACACAUGGAAAUGAUUGCCUUAAUGUUGUGGCACAAGAACGGACAACACAUGAUCAAACGAAAGAGCGUCAUUAUCGACUCCGUUCUCUUUUACGAGCUGACACGACGUUUCCAUGCCUUCUCCAACACCAAGAAGAAAGAGAAUUUGUAUGGGAAAAAGUCCUCAUUGACAUCGUCAAUGAAGAAGGGAUGCACCACGAACCAAGGCUGCAGUGGCUUACAGAUGUUGAUGUCAUAUAUGCUCUAAUGAACUGGAAACUAGAGCAUUGGGUUGGAGUGGCCAUACUUCUUAAAACGAAGAUUGUAUACAUUUAUGAUCUGUUGCUGAGUGGGACGAGAGAUCCUGCUGUGAAGACCCGGAUGCAGCCAGUGAUUGAGAUGAUACCGUUCCUACUUCACUUAGUAAUUGACAUCAAUUACUCUCUCGCUCCAUUUAUCUAUUCCAGGAUCAAGCCUUUAGCUCAAAUCGAUAGGAAUGGAGAUUGUGGACCUUUUGCUAUGAAGUUCUUAGAACUGUUGAUCAUGGGUAAUCUGAUGGCGGACUACUUGACAAUCAACGAAAAAGAUGUUGACAAUUUACAAAAAAAGUACGCGAUGGACGUCUACGAGCAUGGUGUUGGCCCAAUUAAUUAAGUAUGCAAUAUAUUUGUUGUAUUUAUUAAUUUCCGAAAUUGUAUGCUAGGGAUGAUUACUUUGACUUCAAUU